UGUACAGGGUAUUUAAAUACAACAGACACGUUUAGCAAUAUAGUGAGAGAGACAUAAGCAAUAAUUAACAAAGACUUGAAAAAGCACAGAUGGACACCGAGAAACCUAAUUAUUUUUUGCCGAGUUAUAAAGGUAAAGACGCAAUAAAUGACGAGAUUCGAAUUGUACUUUUGGGAAAAACAGGAAGUGGAAAAAGUGCCACGGGGAAUACCAUACUAAACGGCAAAUUCUUUAAAUCAACAACAGGAGGCUCUUCCGUGACAGUUCAAUGUUGCGGUAGGUAUGCAAAGGUAUUUGGAAGGAAUAUUCAAGUAGUUGAUACGCCGGGGAUUUUUGACACUAGCACCCCAAAUGAAAUCGUGCAGAAAGAAAUUGUCAAAUGUGUUGGAAUAACAUCUCCUGGUCCUCAUUGUUUUUUGCUUGUACUUACACCAGACCGAUUUACACAGGAAGAGGAACAGAGUGUUUACAAAUUUGUAGAGCUCUUCGGAAAUGAUGUUUUUCGUUAUUUUAUUGUUCUCUUUACAAGAAAAGAAGAUCUUGAAUUCGAUUAUAUCUCUUUUGAGGAUUUUCUUGAACACCUUCCAGACAAUCUUAAAACAAUUAUAAGAAAGUGCAACAAUCGUUGCAUUGCCUUUAACAAUCGAGCGAAACGUCCCGAGCUAGAAAAUCAAGUUAAAGAUCUUAUCGGGAUGAUCGACGACAUGGUUAGUAAAUCUAAAGAGAAAUAUUACACUAACGACUUUUACGAAAAGGCUGAACAAGCUAUGAAAAGACGUGAAGCAGAGAUUGAAGAAGAAAGGAGAAAAGCGAAAGAAAGAGAAAAGGAAGAAAUAGCACGCAAAGUAAAAAAACAAAUGAACAACGAAUGGGAGGAACAAAAAAAAGAAAUGGGCAAGAAAAUCAAAGAAACAGAGCGUGAAAUAAAAGAAGCAACAGAGAAAAUGGAGGAAAUGCAACAUGACCGCGAAAAAGAAAAAGAGGAAAAUAAAAGAUAUCGAGAGAUAAUGAAGCAAAAAACUUCAGAGCUGAAUCGCAAGUAUGAUGAACUACCUAGUCCUCGUAAUGUAGCAAGGGGUGAAAUCGAAAAUAAUGUAACCAAAUUUGCAGUGUUUCUUAUUUCUUCUGUCGCAAGAUUAUGUUCGUUUUUUUUCCCCAGUUUACUCUAGAUAUUGGUCUCUACUACAGUAGUUUUGAGGCUUUUUUGGAUACAAAGAGAAGGAUGUCAAACAAUUCCUUACUUCAGAAAUAGAAAUAACACCAUGCUUUAUUCUUUGUUUUAUCUAUGUUUAUUGCUCAGUUAUAAUAUGCUUUUUAAAAGAAAUAAAGUGUUUUCUAGUUGACCGACUGUUGUUAUAUGUAUUUAUUUCAAAAAUAUAUCAAUCUGGGUUAUUUUUAAGAACCAAGCGUGUCUGUUUUCGAAAGGCUUGGCUAUUCAGUGUUUAAAGCAUAAGCAGACAAUACAAAAUUGAUCAAUCAAAUUAAAGAAAAAACUAGAAACGAGCUCGUUGCAAAUCAACGAAUUCAUUAAAAACAUUUGUUCAUUUUUGCUUGUACCACUGUUUAGGUUAUCACGUACAUUAAAUAAUUUACACAAUACAGACACGUAGUAUCGAUUUUCUUGUGAGGAGGGGGUGAUACAGACUCACCUGAUAACACCCCAACACCAACACCCCGCACACAGACUGAGUUAUCGAUACUAAGAUAUCAAUGUGAAAUGCACAGAAUCUCUCUCUUUCUAUCGUGAUGAAUUCAAAAUGGUAGCUCAAAACACAUCCGACAUGUUGCCGGGCAAAACUAGACUUGCACAAUUCUGGCGUAUUUAUGCCUGUAUUGAGAACAUUUACCAAAAACCGUUAAGAUAUUCUUAUCAUGAUAAAAUCAAACUUAUGAAUCUACAACGAUUACAAAAAUCGAAAAGGCAAUAUUGCAGGUGUAAGAUAUGGAGGGUAAUCGUGUUCAAACAUCCAGACAUAUAAACUUGUGAAUCCGAAUAUGUAAUCGUGUUGGUGCGUGAGUCUGAGUAUGAAUAUGUGUAAUUCUGAUCGUGUAACCUAUAAAACUCGAUAAACACUUUAGAGUUGACCCCGCAGGCCUUCAAUCUAAUUUUUCCUACAUAAGCUAAUAACAGCUGUAUAAUGCUGUUUGUUUUUUUUUUUUACAUGUAACCUGCCACUCUAAUACAAACUUUUCACCUGUAGUCUCUGCAUUAGUAUUUCCGUUUUCUGAAAAAUCGCGGCUGACAUGUUGCAAAUCAACAAAUGUAAAGUCUACAAGUUUGUCGAAUUUCGACAUGACCAUAUAUGGAAACAGUUACGUCAACGAUAGAAAAAGGUUAGCUGCAGGUAAAGGCAUGCCGUAAUCGCCGGAAUAGGGACGGAAUAAAUAUGAAAAAAAAUUAUAAGGAAGUUCUAUAAUCAUAUUAUCUCUGGAUAACAACUUUUCUUGGGAAGUAUUAUUUUUCGGAAAGUUAUUGAUAAAAAAAACAAAGAAUUUAAAGAUUUUUGGUUUUGAGAUUUUGAUUAAUAUGAGACAUAAGAC